AUGUCCGCGCAUCAGGCUCCCCCCGGCCGCGACUUUGCGUACCCCGCCGUCGGCGCAUACGACCGCCGCGCAGCCCCUUCCGGCAGCGGGCCCGCCGCCAUGUACCCGCGCGUGGCGCACCCCGUGCCGUCCGCGGCCCCAUUCUCCGGCGGGGGCGGCACGUCCCUCCACAUGCCGGUCGUGACGGCCGUCGGCGCAGGCGCGCCUACCGGGGGCUUGGGCGGGAUGGGCGGAAUGGGCGGACACGGCACAG